AUGGCGGUGCCCUCUUUGUCCGGGUCGGGCUUCAGCUACCAGCUGGUACCUUUGGCUCCACUGCCGCCACAGCUGGACCCGGCCAACUACGACGCCUCGCCCAAGAAGCACCAGAGUGAGGCCAAGCACCUGGCCAUCCGCGCCCACCUCAAGUGCCAGUACCUGCUGCAGCUCAACGACCCCUGCCGGACACAUCACAUUGAAGACCCUGCCAUUACUCAGUGGACCUAUGCCAAAGCAAACGUCUACCCUAAUUUCCGAGUCAACCCUAAAACUUCCUUAUUGGGUGCUUUGUUUGGAAUAGGCCCCAUUACUUUCUGGUGGUACAUCUUCAAAAAGGACAGGGAUUAUAGAGAGAAACUCAUCAAAGAAGGCAAUUGCCUAUUGAGUUCCCACGAAUGGUGUGCUGUAAAGCUGCCAACUGGGUCACCAUUGCAAUUUUGCUUUCUCUGUACAGUAGCAUCAGGCCUUUUUCAAAAUAAAUGUUUCUUGUUGAGGAAAAAAAAAGGAUAG